AUGCAGUCUCUCGAACUGAAUCUCAUAGUCGCGGCCACUCGCAACAUGGGCAUUGGCCUCCAUGGCACAAUGCCCUGGCAAGGUCUACGUAAAGAGAUGAAGUACUUUGCGCGCGUCACAACUCGCGUGCCACCACAGGCUCCCUCAUCCUCUAUCAACGCAGUCAUCAUGGGUCGCAAAACCUGGGACUCAAUCCCCACCAAAUUCCGCCCUCUCAAAGACCGUCUCAACAUUGUCAUAUCCCGCUCCGCACCUUCAAAGCUCCCCGAGACAGUGGAACCCUCUGAACCCGUGAGAGUUCAGUCUCUUGAACUUGCUCUUCAAUACGCCCGUACUCAUAGCGACGUCGGCCGAAUUUUCGUCAUCGGUGGUGCACAGAUCUAUGACGCCGCUCUCAGACUGCCAGAAUCGCGACGGAUCCUCCUCACGAGUAUUGAACGUGAUUAUGACUGCGAUACUUUCUUCCCUACCGACUUGAAGGAUGGAUCAUGGGAGAGAAAGUCUAGAGAGGAAUUGCAGGACUGGACAGGUGAAGAAAUUGAAGAGGGUGGUCAAGAAGAGGCUGGCACAAAAUAUGAGUUUCAAAUGUGGGAGAAGCGUGAUUAG